AUAAAAAAAUGAAUCCGACAUCUUGGCUUAAAGAACUUUGUUUCCAAGCCAGUAAAAUUUAUAAUAAAAAAAUCUGACAUCUGUGGAUUACUGUCGAAACAAUCCAAGUCAUGGAGGUGGAUUCGGGAUUGAUAAAAAGAGAUAAAUACUCAAUUUUACUACCAACUUACAAUGAACGAGAAAACCUCCCUAUAAUAAUAUGGCUAAUAAUUAAAUAUUUAGACGAAAGCGGUGUCGAUUACGAAGUGAUCAUAAUAGAUGAUGGAAGUCCUGAUGGGACUUCAGAAGUGGCGCGUCAGCUGCAGAAGCUCUAUGGCUCCUCUAAAAUAGUGCUUCGACCUCGCGAGAUGAAGCUUGGUCUCGGAACUGCCUACAUUCAUGGGAUACAGCAAGCUUCUGGAAAUUUUAUUAUUAUAAUGGAUGCGGAUUUGAGCCAUCAUCCAAAGUUCAUUCCAGAGUUCAUCAAACUCCAAUUAAAAUAUGAUUACGAUAUUGUCUCUGGUACUCGUUACAAGGGGAGUGGUGGAGUCUACGGCUGGGACUUCAAGCGUAAGCUCAUAUCUAGGGGAGCUAACUUUUUGACUCAGUUAAUGCUGAGACCUGGAGUUUCAGAUCUGACUGGCUCAUUUAGAUUGUACAAAAAGGAAGUUCUCGAGAAGCUUAUUCUAAGCUGCGUUUCUAAAGGAUAUGUCUUCCAAAUGGAAAUGAUUAUCAGAGCGAGGCAAUUUGAUUAUUCAAUUGGAGAGGUGCCUAUCUCAUUUGUGGAUCGUGUCUACGGAGAGUCUAAACUCGGUGGUUCGGAAAUAGUACAAUUCGCAAAAGCCCUACUUUAUCUAUUUGCCACAACAUAAAAAAAAACAGUUUACUCUAUGGUAUAAUAAAAAAAAAAACAUAACGAUGAGAUAGUUUCUGUCGGAUUCUUACAAUUGUUAUAAAUUGUAAGACAUCGAUUAUACACUUAAUAUGUUGUAAGAAUCCAACGAUCCAAUUGAUCCGAUUGAUCCGUAGAGCACUAAAUAGAAAUUAUAUACUUUCUUGGUCUAUAUUUUAUUAUCUAUGGCGUUAAUUAAAUUAUGAAGAAGACUUAUAUCUUAGAACAUAAGAAUUAAUUUUUCUAUUGUUUUUAUUUGUCGUCUGCAUUUAGUUAAUAUUUUGUAAGAUAUUUUUAAUGGGAAAUAAAAUGUUUAAAACUA